AUGUCUGCCAUUCAUCCAAGAUUCUUAGCAAGCCUUAUUUCUAAGAAUAAUCGAAUAUCCUUCAUUGGAUGCUUUGUACAAAUGUUUGUGGCAGAUACCUUGGGGGCCGCAGAGAGUUACCUUCUUGCUGUUAUGGCUUUUGAUCGGGACUUGGCUAUUAACCGUCCUUUGCAUUAUCCAGCUGUCAUGACAAAGAGGUUUUGCAUUGGUCUUGCAGUUCUUCCUUGGCUUAUUGGUACUGUCAUUAUGUUCAUUGGCACCAUGCUAACAGCUAACUUAGAAUUCUGUGGUCCCAAUGAGAUUGACCAUUUCUUUUGUGACUUUCCACCACUGCAAAUUUUAGCUUGUUCUGAUUCAUUGGUUAGCAAUGCAGUCACGAGCGUAUUAGCAGUUAUUGGAUGUGGCAUUCCAUUCUUCAUAAUCUUGGUAGUGUAUAUUCGCAUCAUUAUUACUGUUUCGAAGAUUAAGACUUCUAAAGGAAAACAAAGAGCUUUCUCCACGUGCUCCUCACAUCUAAUUGUAGCGAGUCUCUAUUAUGUCACUCUUGGCAUUGUCUACUUCAAGCCCAAUGGGAAUCCCUAUAAAAAAUACUUCACUCUCAUGUAUGCCUUGAUCUCUCCAGUACUCAACCCCUUUAUUUACACCCUAAGGAACAAAGAUGUGAAAGCAGCACUAAGCAAAUCAAAACUCCUUAAUAUAGUACCUUGUUUAUUCCACUAUUCACAAUCAAGAUGA